UUCUCCCCAAUAUAUAGCACAGAGAAAUCACCGAACCAGAAGAAAAAGGAGCAACUAAAAUACAAGAGGCCGGAGAGGGAAGAGGGAGGGAUCGGGGCAACUCUCUUUGGAUUUCUUGCUUCUAGUUCUUUGCCUCUCUCGAUCAGGAAUCAGGUCAGCUCUUCGAUUCAACAAAACCCAUGGCGGAGAGCUGGUAGCAGGAAGGUAGAGGGCACACACAUGUAAGCCGCUGCUGUGUAUCUGUCUAUUGCCUUCAAGAAGCAAGCUAGGGAGCUGGAAGAAAUCGAUCGAGUCCAGUCCACUGGUGCUAAGAAGAAACCCUAGAAAAGAAGCUGGCUAACAGGUGGUGGGACGAGGGGCGGCUCGGCCUGCCGAUGACCGCCGAGCCAUCCCUCGGCAAGAACCAAGAAAACAUGGCGCCUUCCAAGGACGGCACGGCUGAUCAGCCGAGCGGCGGGAGUAGCGACGACCGCGAGAACGGCACCGGCGAGGCCAAGGAAGGCGCGGUGGUGACCGGCAACCGGCGCCCCCGCGGCCGGCCACCGGGCUCCAAGAACAAGCCGAAGCCGCCCAUCUUCGUGACUCGGGACAGCCCCAACGCUCUGCGCAGCCACGUGAUGGAGGUGGCCGGCGGCGCCGACGUCGCCGAGUCCAUCGCCCACUUCGCGCGCUGCAGGCAGCGCGGCGUCUGCGUGCUCAGCGGCGCGGGCACCGUCACCGACGUCGCCCUCCGCCAGCCGGCUGCGCCUGGCGCCUUGGUCGCCCUCCGCGGCCGCUUCGAGAUCCUGUCACUCACCGGCACGUUCCUGCCGGGCCCGGCGCCGCCCGGCUCCACGGGGCUGAUCGUGUACCUCGCGGGCGGGCAGGGGCAGGUCGUGGGCGGCAGCGUGGUCGGCACGCUCACCGCGGCGGGGCCGGUCAUGGUGAUCGCGUCCACGUUCGCGAACGCCGCCUACGAGAGGCUGCCACUGGACGAGGCAGAGGAGGAGGCUGGGCAAGCGCAGAUGCCUCCGGGCCCCGGCAGCGGGCCUCCACUGAUGGGCGGGAUGGCCGAUCCCUCGGCGAUGCCAAUGUUCGGCGGCGUGCCGCCGAGCCUCAUGCCUGGGGGCGGUGCCGCCUCCGGUGCGGGCCUGCAACUCAUGCACGAUGGGCUCGGAUGGGUUCAUGCACGGCCGCCGCCGCCGCCGUACUAGGAGUGUCGACGGCGAUCGAGUAGGAUCGAGGGAUAGAAGGAAGUGAUGAAGAAUUAAACAUGUAAGGAGGAGGAGCAAAUAAAAAGGCAACCAGCUCUUCUAAUUGAGAAGGUAAAGUAUAAUAGUACUGCAUGCUGCAUGUGACUGUGCCUUGUACGGAUGGCUGUGCCAAAUGUCAGAUCAAGAUCAAACUUGGUGCCAUUGUGGUGUUUGAUUUAAAUUAGAUACAUAUAUGGUAAAUUCGAUGGAUGCUUAUAUCCAUCUCUAUUUGAUCUUUAUGUUCUCACGUA